GUCGGAUGCGGAUUUUUGAGUGUUAAAACUAGGUAUACAAGCAACCUCAAGGACAAACUAUCCUGAUCCGACUUAUCCGAACGAUCGGAAAGGUUCCUGCAUGAUGUUCAGCCCGUUUACCUGGCCUUCCAUCCGAUUUCUCAAGGGGAACCUCCCAAGAAACAAGGUAGCUGUGGGGAAUUGACGGCGUUGUUGAGUCGGCAAGGGGACAAUGAGGGGAAGGAACCUAGCCGCUUCCGACCCGCCUGUAUCAUGAAGUCAAGAGACUCUUUCCCCGCCGCCAUCGCCGAACUAUAACUAUAACCCGUUGACCACCAUGAUGUUGUGUCUGAUCUGGUUCCUAGAACAACACUUCAAUCAAACUUCGAUCGACUGAACGCUGAACACAGCACAAGCCAUGCUCGGAAAAAUAGCCCUCGAGGAAGCCUUCGCGCUUCCACGCUUCGAAGAGAAGACCCGCUGGUGGGCCAGUCUGUUCUCCACCGACCCCGACACCCAUGUCAAGGAGAUCACCGACAUCAACAAGAUCCGCAUUGAGCAUGCGGACAAACACGGCGUGGGCUACCAGAUUCUCUCUUACACGGCUCCAGGAGUCCAAGACAUUUGGGAUGCCGCCGAGGCGCAAGCUCUCGCCGUCGAAAUCAACGACUACAUCGCCGAGCAGAUCCGUGACCGCCCUGAUAGAUUCGGUGCAUUCGCAACUCUCUCCAUGCAUGAUCCCCAAGAAGCCGCCACCGAGCUCCGCCGCUGCGUCGAGAAGUACGGCUUCAAGGGUGCCCUGGUGAAUGACACCCAACGCGCCGGUCCGGAUGGCGAUGAUAUGAUCUUCUACGACCAGCCCAGCUGGGACAUCUUCUGGCAGACAUGCACGGAGCUCGACGUGCCUCUGUACCUGCACCCGCGCAACCCCACGGGGACAAUCUACGAGAAACUUUGGGCAGACCGCAAGUGGCUCGUGGGGCCCCCGCUCAGCUUUGCGCACGGCGUCAGUCUUCACGUUCUGGGAAUGGUUACCAACGGAGUCUUCGACCGGCACCCGAAAUUGCAGAUCAUCAUGGGGCAUCUGGGCGAGCACGUUCCCUUCGACAUGUGGCGCAUCAACCACUGGUUUGAGGACCGGAAGAAGCUGCUGGGGCUGGCGGAGACGUGCAAGAAGACCAUCCGCGAGUACUUUGCGCAGAACAUCUGGAUCACCACCUCGGGCCACUUCUCGACCACGACGUUGAACUUUUGUAUGGCGGAGGUGGGCUCGGAUCGCAUUUUGUUCUCGAUCGAUUAUCCGUUCGAGACGUUCGAGGAUGCGUGCGUGUGGUUCGAUAAUGCAGAGUUGAACUUGGUGGACCGGGCGAAGAUCGGACGGGAGAAUGCGAAGAAGCUGUUCAAGCUGGGGGCUUAUAAAGAUUCGUCGGCGUGAUGUCUUGUAUUCAAUUCGGACUUAACUUCUUUUCCUACUCUACCCUUAGAUGAACGUAGGUCAUGGUCA